AUGAACAUGAGGGACAAUUAUCGCUGGAAGCUCGUCGUCGCCGCCCUCGUCGACGAGUACGAGAACCUCCGGAUACCCGUCGCCGCCACCCUCCAGGAGGAGCUUGCCCGCGCCGCUGCCUCCCUUCCUCCACUCGCCCCCCACGAAGCAACCGUUGUUGCCCCCGCCCCGGCCGCCGCCGACGACUACAGCAAGGAGGACCCCUAUCGGGCGGUCGAGGACAUGUUGACCUUGCUCUACUUCGGCUGCCUGUUCGACGUCGAGCCGCAGAGCGGGUUGCGGCGACGGCGCUGGUCCAAACCGAAGAUGCCCUCGUUCGAGCCAGUUAUCAGCACAAGGAGGAUGAACAACCUAGAAGUUCAAACAAAGGAACUUCACCCUGGAUAAUGAAGUUAUCCUUGUUGAUGAACCUCCGAAAAUGGAUGAACCUGACACAGCAAGCUCUUCUGCAGAUCCUAACCAACAGGAGCAGCAAAAACCACAAGUAGACUCGGACGAACUCAACUAGAGGGACAUGGACAAGAAGAAGAACAAUAUCCUCCGUGAACAAUAUAUUACAAUAGAAGAGGAGGUGGCUGGGGUGGUUCUUCCUCCUGCACUAACAAUGGAGGUCAUGUCGAGAUGGAUUCAAGUGCCCAGGCUUCAAAUCCUAUCCUUUUAUCAAGUCAUUUAAAGCAGUUGUUGUUGCAUCAUUAAAUGUUGCUGACUUCCAACUAUUCAAUCGCUGUUGUGUCUGGGGAUGGUGAUCAUAUCUAUUAGAGAUGCAUCUGUUUGAACUAUGGAUCGUAGAUGAUGAGAAAACAGACCUGUGCUUAAUUUGAUGGACUGCUCUGAAAUCAUGCAACAAAAAGAAGGAAACUGCUCCUCUCCUGGAAUCAUGCAUCACGCUUUUCCCCAGAAACCAGUCAAGACCAAACGUAUGGACUGAAACUGUUCGAAGACAAAAAAGAAAGAUCGAGAAAAAGAAAGCUCAGUCUCUCCAC